AUGGUAGAGGAAGCUACAGGAGCAUGGCCAUUGCGUCUUGAGCACGCCAUGGCCCAUGCCACCAUAGCCAGCUGCUCCAGCAGUAGCAGCUGCCGACGUAGGCAGCACCAGCCAUCGCAACAGCUUGCAGCCUGCGAGCACCAGCAGCUACUGCAUUGCUUUGUACAAACAAGCAACAAGUACGUACUAGGAGGAUCAUUUUCGAGCAUAUCCACUCCAGACUCUACACAAUAUGAGAAAACCUUACGUGUUUUCCAGGACGAUAGCUCAAAGAAUUGGUGGCUACAAAUUGACGGGGAAAGUAUUGGAUACUGGCCUGCAAGCCUUUUUCAAUCUCUACAGAAUGGUGCUGAGACAUUGGAAGCUGGCGGUGAAGUCUGCUAUGAUAAAGAAAGUGGAGUAAGACACACAAAGACUGGUAUGGGAAGUGGAGAAUUUCCAUCCCAGGGAUAUCUUAAAGCUGCAUACCAGAGAAGAAUACAGUACCUGGAUUCCAAUGGAGUAAUGCAGCCAGCAAUUGGGAUGAAAAGUGGAGCUGAAGUACCUAAAUGCUACACUGCUACUAGUGUUGCUGCUGACAAGGGAGAUGACUGUGCAUCCUCAAGAAUAGCUCCUUAUGGCUUCAAUGCUACCAGCUGUACGGGCAUUUGCGGCCCGCACGGGAGAUCUUUGACGCAUGGUUGUCUUCUUACGCCGACACACAGCACUUUCUUUUUACAUGAGAACGGGACACGGCUCUCCACGCGGGCAGCUGAUCGAGACUGCCAUAUCGACACUCCCACUCUGGCUCGUUCAGCUGGGAGGAUGGAUUAG